CGUUCAUUCUUCGUCGUCGCAGUCAGUGCCGCCGAUGACCCACCCCGUGGACGCGAUCAAGGCCAUCUUCGCCUUCCGGUGGAAGGGCCAAAUGGUCGGGUACUGGGCGCUCUACCUCUCGCAAGGCGCGUUCCUCGGCUCGUUCGGCCCCGCGCUCCAAGAGAUGUCGUCCAGUCGCGACUCGGUGGCCGACUACAACCCCGCCUUUGCGCUGCAUGGCCUCGCCGCCAUCGUCUCUGCGGGCUUCUUUGGCGACAUCCUCAUCCACAAGUGCCUCCUCUCGUCCUUUGGCCGCACGGGUCUGCACCUGGUCCUCGGCACGCUGGCGCUCCUCCUCGCCGCGUGGUACGUCUGCAUGCCGUACGUCAACCGCUAUGGCGGCCACCAAUGGGUCUCCUUCUACAUGAUCCUCAAGGGCUUCCUUAUCGCCAUCUCGAACGUCGUCAUCAACAAGUGCGCUGCUUGGACUGUCCCGGACAACAACACAGUGCUGAAGCGCCGCGUUGUCAACUCGCUCAACGGCGCUUUUGCCUGCGGCACGAUCCUCGGCCCGCUCAUUGCGAUUGUGGUGCGCAUGACCAAGGCAGAGCUGCAGUACCUGUACGGCAGCCUCGGUGCGCUCUCGUUCGUUGCGGCCAUCCUCAUCUUUGCCACCGAGUGCCCGCACGAAGACGGCGAGGAGGCGGUGUCGCUCCUCGGCUACAGCGAAGACCUCCUCUCGGUGCCGCCGACACUUCCGAGUCCGAUCAGCGGCGGCGUCUUCCUCCACGUCAGCGACGACCUCGGCGCUGCGCGCAUCAACGCAGACUCGUACGACCCCGAAAGCAACUUUAUCGUGCUGCUCGCGAUGGUCAUUGUGACCUUGUACACGGGCAUCCAGGUCGGCCUCGCGGCGUUCCUCUUCCAGUACCUCGAGGUCGUCGUGCCGCUCUCGCUCGGCUACCUCACGCACACGGUGUGCUGCUUCAUCAUGUUUCUCUUCUGGGGCGCGCUCGCGACCUCGUACGCGAUCUUCACGCGGUAUUUCUUCCUCGGUCUGCGCCCGAUCCACAUUUUCCUGCUCACGAUCCUCUGCGUGUUGAGCAUCACCAUGAUGACGUCGGGUCAGUACUACUUUGGCGCCGAGUACCGCGUGCACACGUUUACGAUCGCGCUCGUCUGCUACGCCACCUUCAUCUCGCCCCUCUUCACGGGCACGGUGCAGUCGCUCAUUGACGUGGUGAGCGACGACCUCCUCGCGCGCGUGAGCUCGCUCCUCGUCUUUGGCUGCUUUUGCGGCGAGUCGUUUGUGCCUGUCCUCAUGGGCUUCUUCAUGGGCAACUACUCGGGCUCGGCGUUCGGCCCGGAAGCCAUUGUCUACAUUACGUUUGUCAUGACGGUCAUGAUGAUGUUCGUGUCCGGGCUCCUCUACUUCAAGGGCACGGAGCGUCUCGCAAAGAAGAAGGCCGCGGCCAAUGCGCCGGAUCCGUCCAUGUCCUAAGUCCCAGGACGAUGCCGUUGUAGCAGAGGCCAGUAAGUUGAUCUAUUAACACACACUUCUUGAUGCUCUACCAUG